AUGCUGAUGGUGUUACAACUGUCAAUGGCUGAAGUCAAUAAACAGGUGGUGUUUUGGGGGUCUCUGGUGGUCAUCGGUAGCCUUCCCCACUGUGUUCUGACACACGGAAAAGAAACUUUACAACUCAAGGAGAGUUAUAAAGCAGAUGCUAGCUGGCUACCUGUGUACGAAGAGGAAGAGGAAGCUGUGGACUUCAUCAAGGACUACAUCAAAAACAAAGAAAGAGAUGACGUGCAGAAAAUGAAGCUCCUGAGGAACAUCGUCACUGUGUUCACAACCGCACAAGAGAAGGGCUUAUUAGAGGGCCUGGACACCUUCUGCCGUGAAAAUAAGCUGACAGCGAACAUCCAGGUGCUGUUGGAAGAGAAGCCUAUUGAUUACCCGUGCACAGACUUGUGGGAGGAAGCCUUACUUGCUACUUCUGCCUUGAGCACAGUGGAGACUGUACUGGAGGGUGAAAUGUUGUCUCUCGUAGCUGCAUGCGUUAGCAGCGUCUUCUUUCUUCUGAGAACUGAGGAUCUGGACCUUGGUUCACCAUGA